AUGUCACCUAUCACGAAUCAAUCCUUGGACAAUAAUGGGAUUGCCCCCACCUCGUUCGACAAGAAGGUCCCAAGCCACGACGACAUUGAGAUGCAGAAACAUAAAGAUGUAGAGAAUGUCGCGGGCCAGCUUGAGGAGUGUCACGAGUUCAAGCAGGGCCUCCAUCAACGACACAUUCAGAUGAUUGCCCUGGCGGGCACCGUUGGAACCGGUCUUUUCCUCAGCUCAGGCCGUGCGAUCGUGAACGCUGGACCACUGGGUGCUUUUCUCGCAUAUGCAAUUAUUGGUGCCACGGUGUCCAGUGUUGUGUUUGGAGUGGGCGAGAUGGGAGCCCUCGCUCCUCUCAAUGGUGGUGUUAUUCGAUAUGCAGAGAUAUUCUGUGACCCCGCACUAGCGUUCGCCAACGGGUGGAACCAGGUCUACUCCUACAUUGUGUCAAUUCCAUCUGAGAUUGUCGCUGCCGCAGUUAUCAUUGAGUUUUGGGUCACAGUCAACAAUGCGAUAUGGAUUACCGUGCUUGGUCUUCUAAUGCUUUCCACUGCGUUCAUCUUUGUUCGAGUAUAUGGUGAACUUGAGUUUGGCUUUUCUAUUCUGAAGAUUAUGCUUGUUAUCGGCAUCAACAUUAUGGCCCUGGUUAUCACAUGUGGCGGGGCUCCCAAUGGCGAAUCGAUUGGCUUUGCGUACUGGAAAGCUCCUUACGGACCUUUUGUUCAAUAUUUGGGAGUAGGAGGAUCUCUCGGUCGAUUCUUGGGGUUCUGGAAGACAUUCGACAAUGCGCUCUUUGCUUACUCUGGAAUUGAGAAUAUCACCCUUGCUGCUGCCGAGACCCGGAAUCCUCGCCAGUCUAUCCCCAUGGCUGCACGACGCAUCUUCGUCCGUAUUCUGCUGUUUUAUGUUAUUACGAUCUUCAUGGUUGGCCUCAUUGUAUCAUCGGCCAAUGAAAAUCUACUGGGCUCAACUGGAACAGCCUCGCAGUCGCCUUUUGUGAUUGCAGCUCGGGAUGCUGGCAUCAAAGUGAUCCCCUCGAUUAUAAACGCAGUUGUUCUUACCUCGGCCUGGUCGUCGGGUAACUCAAAUAUUCUUGGCGGUUCCCGCAUUCUCUACGGUAUGGCUACACAAGGCCACGCCCCUGCUAUCUUCAAACGCAUCAACCGGUUCGGUGUUCCAUGGGUUGCUGUUGCGCUCUAUGCUAUCUUCAUGGCGCUCGGAUACAUGACAUUGUCAAGCUCGGCAAGCACAGUAUUCACAUGGCUGCAAGACCUUGUUUCUAUCUCGACCUUGGUGAACUGGAUUUGCAUCUGUGUUGUAUAUCUUCGCUUCUAUUACGGAUGCAAGAAACAAGGAAUAGAUCGUCACCGAGAGCUCCCGUGGGCAGCGCCUUUCCAGCCAUACACCACUUGGGCUUCAUUGAUCAUUUACAUUCUCCUUUUCUUCACUGGAGGAUUCACGACUUUCAUGCAUGGGCAUUGGAGCACUGAAACCUUUAUCUCGACCUACUUCAAUCUUCCGUUUAUUGUGAUUGUAUAUGUCGUUUACAAACUGUGGUUCAAGACCAAGAUCAUUCCGCUGGCGGAAAUUCCUAUUCGGCCCUUCAUUGAAAGCUGGCACAACAAUCCCGAGCCAGAACCCAAGCCUAAGAGCGGCCUUCGCAGACUCAAUGUUUUAUGGUCAUAA